AUGUCUUCCCAAAAGACCGCCAUCGUGACCGGCUCAAGCCGAGGAAUCGGCGAAGCCAUCGCCCGCCGCCUCGCCAAAGAAGGCUACCGCGUGUGCAUCAACGACGUCUCCGCUAACAAAGCCGGCAUCGACAAGCUCGUCUCUGAGCUCAACUCCCAACACGGCGCCAAUGCAGCCCACGGCAUCGUCGCCGACGUGACCAAAUCCAGCGAAGUCAAGGCCAUGAUCGCCGAAUCCGUCUCCAAACUCGGGCCCCUGACCGUCAUGGUCGCCAACGCUGGUAUCGCUCAAGUCACGCCCGUAUUGGAGAUCUCUGACGAGGACGUUGUCAAGAUGUUCAAUGUCAACUUCAUUGGAGUCUGGAACUGCUAUACGCAUGCUGCGCGGCAGAUGAUCGAGCAGGGUGAUCGACCGGAGGGGGAGAGUGCGUACAAGAUUCUAGGUGCUGCGAGCAUUGUUGCGUUCAAGCCUUUCCCGCUGUUGAGCCAUUAUAGCGCCAGCAAGUGGGCUGUCAGGGGUUUCACCCAAGUCUUUGCCAUGGAAAUGGCAAGGCAUAAGAUCCGGGUGAACGCUUAUGCGCCUGGGAUCGUAGGAACGGCGAUGUGGGAUCUGAUCGAUGAGAAGCUGGGCGAGAUUGAGGGAAGGCCGAAGGGCGAGACUGUGCAGAAGUACGCCGGGGAUCUGACGGCAUUGGGCAGGGUGAGUGUUCCUGAGGAUGUUGGAGAUGUUGUCGGCGGAUGGAUGGCGAGUAAGGACAGCGACUUCUGCACGGGACAGACUGUUGUGAUUGAUGGUGGGAUCGUGUUCACAUGA